AGCAGGGUUGGCGGUGCAUCAUGGGAAAUAAAGCAACAUGGGGACCUGAUCUAAGUACCAAACCACCAUGCAGUGCCUGCACACUUUUUGAUUAAGGAAAACGAACAAUGAUUAUCAUCAUAACCUCAUGUUAAAGAGAAGCGGUUAAAAAGUUUCAGGACUAAACAGCUGAACUUGACGGCGCCUAACAAUCUAUGGUCCGGGAGAAUGUGAUUGUUUUGUCCGGCCCCGCGCUCGUAUGUGUGCCUACUGCUUCACAAAGCGCCAUCGGGGAAGUGCAUCACUCCCAGCCUUCGACCGAUGAUGGACCGGAAUUAUCCGAAUUCCAGUUUCGCAGACCCGCUGGCCCCACCAGCACAGACCGUAGCCUGGGCCUAUGAGCGGAGCACCGCAAGCAUAAAGCCAAGUGCCAGUUAUGGUGCAACGCACCUGGAGUCGGAGCUCCUCCAUCGGCAGACCUACGCCUGCACCCAGCUGCCCACCUACACCACUACCCAUCACCCUACUGGUCUGUCGGGGGGGUUUGACUCAGGCGCGAACACUACUGAGACCUCUGUCAUGAACUUCCUGUCGGCCAUGGAGUCUAGAGCCCUGCAGCAGGCUGGUCCUGUCGGGGCCUCUCUGCUCCCCCCCUUUAGGACCACCACGUGGCAGACCGGCGCUAACCCCACCACAGAGCUGUUCCUCACCGGAGCCCUGCCUACCAGCGCCACAUUUCCCUAUCCUGCCCCCCUCUCCUCUUAUCAACACCCUGGUGCCUUCCCCUCGCGGAGCUACGCCACCACCCCCUCCCUGGCCCUCCAGGACCACGCCUUCAGCACCUCCACCAACGGCCUGCUCUCCUCCCACCUCGACCCCCUGCUGCAGCUUAAACCCAGCCAGGCCACGCUACCUACCUCCCUGGCCUUCGACCGCCUCCCCACCCCCUCCCUGGGCGCUGCCCUUCCUCCCCAGUCAUCCACAUAUCGCUCGGCCCAGGAGUCGGCCCCCCACCUCCUGCAGCCCCAGUUUGGGCUACUGCCCUUGGCUACCCAGUCAGCCCCCCAGCCUUACGGGGUGCCCAUCUUCUCGGGCUCCAUCGAGAGAGCACUUCAGCGGGAAUGUAGUGUGAUCAAGCACCACCAGAGGCCUUCUAGCAGCAGCCACGCUGUCUCAGAGCAGCUGCCUGGCUUGCAGCAUUCCCUGCAGGGCUACCUCGGCUCAGGCAGCGGGGAGGGGGAUGGCUCCUUCCAGCAGGACCCCUCGAGGCAGACCCCAGUGCCCUGCAGCACCUCCAUGGGGACGGACUCCUCCCAGGGGGUCAACGGCGCGCAGCAGCCCAAGACAGGUGUGCAAUCUCAGGCCUACCCCUCCUCCAUCCCCUCCCCCUCUGGGUACUGCUCGUCCUCCACGGGUGCCAAGACUAAAGACUGUUCUUCCAAACUGGCCCCAGAUGGCGGACAGGGUCACCCCAAGUCACAGGGUGGAUCUCCAGAGAGCUACCCCUCCCCAGGGCAGGGGCCAGGGCUGAAGCAGGGUUCAGUGAUUGCCAGCCAGCAGAAUCAGCCCUACACAUCGGCCCCGUUGCCCAGUCUGCUGUCCACUCUCAGCCACUCUCAGAGUUACAUCACCUCCCAGGCUUACUCCUCUUCCUCCUCAGACCUCCUCAGGCCUUCUCUCUAUAAGACUCUGCCCUCCUUCUCUGGCCAUUCAGGCAAUGUAGCGUCUGUCAGUCAGUCCCUGGUCUACUGCUCCAGCCCUGGGCAGAGCCAGGAUGAUGUGGGCCAGUACGGAGCCCAGGUUCAGGGCCUGUGUCUGGGCAACCCCUCUCAGAGCUCCCCCGCCAGCCACUCUCAGGGUGCCCCUAACGUGAGCUACCUGUCUCAGGGGCAGGCUUCGGUCACUCAGUCUCAGAGCUACGCCGCAGGACAAUCCCUCAGCGCCCCCUACCCCUCCGCCAGCGCCCAGAGGUUACCCACAUCAAUAUCGGGCCAGGGCUACACCCCCUUCUCUUCAGCCCCUCCCCUCGCCUUACAGAACAACUGCAGAUCCUCAGUACAGGACCUAAAGCCAGCCUACUGCAAACUGAAACUGGAAGGAGAGAUCCCCAUCGAGGACCUCCAGGCUCUCCAGCAGGUCUCUUUAGAAACCUCCAGCCUGGGGGGAAGUGACAAUGUGGUCUACGUAGUCUCCAAAAUGGAUGACCGUUACAACACUCAGAGUGUGAUCCGGAGCAACUCGCGAGCCGAAGACCAGCUCAUGGGCCCAAAGACUAGGACCAACGCCCAGCUCAUGUCUUCCCAUGAGGAGCUCAAACAGCACUCGCUCCUGCUCAAAGGGCCCGAGCCACGGCAACAAAAUCACCAGGCCAACGCCCAGUCUGCCCUGAACCACACACAGAACCACUAUAUCAGGGUCCCCAACUCUCAGGUUCUACUGGAGUCUGAUCGGGACCAGCAGAUGGUCCUGAUCCAGCAGCCUCUCAUCCACUGUGGUCUCAACCCUUCCAAGGUGCAGCUGACCCCCGGGUCAGGCCAGGUCCCGGUCCAGUACCUUCACAUGGAGGGAGAUCAUCUGAUCAGCGUUAGCCUCAAUGGCAGCCAGAGCCAGCCUGGGCCAGUAGGACAGAACACCAUCACGGACUCCUCCAUACUUCACCUCUCUUCGCCAAAAGACCCUUACAGCCAAUCGACCAAUCAGCAGCAGUCGCAGGACGCCAAGCACCAUUUCGCCCUGAGCUCCAUCUGCUUCCCAGAGUCCAUGCUGCUGGCAGACGAGAGGAACAUCCUGUCCAAUGUGGACGACAUCCUGGCCGCCACGGCAGCCGCAUGCGGUGUCACGCCGCAGGACUUUGUCAAAGCCACGUCCGGCGCCGCUGAGGGCGACAUGGCCGACCCCAAGGGUCAUUUCCAGACUGGGGACACCAGACACCAGUCACCUAGUUUCUCCUCUUCAUCUUCCCAGACCUCCAUCAUCACCAACACUAACUCCCAUAACACCAUGACACUGAAUCUCAAUGGCUCUCCUAUGACCUCAGACGGACACCAGUUUCCUAAAGCGGAGGGGCAUCUGGGGCAACAGUACUCAAUGUCACACUCGCACACCACUGUAGUCAACCCCAGGCAUGACAUGGGUGCCGACAAGGGUUUGCUACGGAAGCCCGGAGAUGAGCCAAUCAACAUUUCGCCCAAAGGACAGUCUGUUUACCCUAGCAACAGGGCCGAUGGCAACCCCAACGGAGGCCACUCUGAGAAUGAGUACCACCUGUCUGGCCUGGGCUACGACCCCUCAGGGAACCUCAACAGAGGCAAGGCCAAUAAGCACAACCCCAAAGGGCCCAAAGUCAUCAAGAGAGAAGACGGCCUUGACGAGUGUCCCUCUGGCUUUGUCAACCCCAAAAAGAGGGUCCGCCCCAAGGCUUUGGCCAAGCCACCUGUUCCAGAGGAAGACAACAUCCAACCAAGGAAAAAGACAGUCCAGGCCAAGAGGCAGAACUCCCGGGGCAGCGACCCCACCAGCUCCCCCUCCACCUCGGAGGCGGUCUACGACAGCUACCAGCAGCAGGAGAGGAUGAGGCAGAAGAUCCGUGAGGUGGAGGAGCAACAGCCAGAGGUCAAGACAGGCUUCAUCGGCUCCUUUCUGGACUUCCUCAAGUCAGGUCCCAAACAGCACUUCUCCUCGCCCCCCGUACGGACCCCCAGUCGCUCCCGCAAGCCCUCGGCUUCGUCCAAACGGCCCCUGUGCGCCAUACCGCCUCUACCUCUGAAAAUACAACCUCCAUCAGCACCAUUGAUAGGCGAUGAGGGCCUUGGGGUCGCGGGGAGCUCUCAGCAGCAGCAGAAGCGUCUGGAGGAAGAGCUCCAGAAGAACCUGGAGACACUGCCAUCGUUCAGCUCGGACGAGGAUGAGAGCAGCGCUGGAAAGAACCAGGCCCUCCAGAACAGCAUCAGCUCAGCCCUGUCGGCCCUGGACGAGCCCUCAGACAGGACACACAAAGCGGACAACAGACUCUCCAACUCUUUCCUGAAGCCAGACCAGGCUCCCAGCAUGCCCCACUCAGUCUCCAAAGCCCAGGAGCAGCAGACGGCUGCACCAAAGGAGUCCUCGACAACCAGCUCGUCGUCGUCGGGGCGGGAGGGGGCGAAGCCGGCGCCCCCAGGCCAGCUGGCCGUCCAGCUGACCAGCGUGGCCAUAGAAGGACUGACGGACGAAGAACUGUCGGACAGCGGGGGAGAGGGCAUGUACCGCGAGAGGGACGAGUUUGUGGUCAAAAACGAGGACACAGGGAGCCUGAAGGUGACAUUGACAGCAGGACAGGAACCCCCAGCCAUCUGGAAGGUCCAGAAAGCUCUGCUGCAGAAGUUUGUCCCUGAGCUGAGGGACAGGAAGAGAGUGUUCUCAGCCACUAACAGUUAUCUGGGCUACUUUGGCGACGCUAAGACCAUGUACAGGAGGGUGUAUGUCAAGUUCCUGGACACGGUCAACAAGAAGGAGUACGUUCGGGUCUGCAACCGCAAACCACGCUGCAAGCCCAUGUCCUCCAUGAGAGGCUCCCAGGCGAAGACACUGCUCGGUCUAAAGACUCCUCCCCGCUCAGUGAACUCUGACCCUCUCGCUACGCCCACAUCACAGAAGUCCCAGUCCAAGCCUCGCGCCAAGCAGCCCAAGACCAAGGCAGAGCCCCCGCCCAAGAAGAGGAGGAAGUGGAAGGAGGAGUACUCUGAGUCCUCUCCUGAGGAUGAGGCUGAAGAUGAUGAGUUCACUCCUCCAGUGCCGUUUUCCUCUCGGUUCCUCAACACCAGGACCAUGAAGGAGACGUUUAAGAGCUUUGUAGAGCUGCUGAUCAGCGUUGCCCUGGAUGCAGACGUGAUGAGCGCUCUGGAGAGGGAGAACGAUGAGCUGUUGCUGCCCCACAUGAAGAGAGUGGACGGGAUGAUCUGGGACAACAGGAGACGCCUGCUGCCCAGACUACGAGUGGGACAACUCUUUAAGACGGCUCUGGACAGCUUCCCAGAGAUCUCGGUGGUAACAGAGCUCAAGAAAGAUGGGGAGACCCCAGCCUUUAAGGUGCGGCUCAGUGGGAAGGCCUACAACAGGAAGAACAUGAAGCCUUCCAGGUCCCCCAGCAAACUGCCCCUGGAAUACACAGUGGACCAGCAGAAACCCCAGUGGUUCUCCCUCUACCAUUCUCUACAGCAUUACAAGUACCACACAUACCUCAUGUGUAAGGAUGAGAUUGCGUCAUUGCGGGUGCAGGCUGGGGACAUGGGGCAGGAGCAGACGGUGCAGCUGUGCAUGAGGAACGGAGCCUGGGUGGAGGGCCUGUUCGACCGCUUCGGAGAGCUCCUCAACCAGGUGCAGCAGGCCUGCCUAUAGCACAGACAGGGAGAGAGACCUGCCUAUAGCACAGACAGAGAGAGAGAUGGAGGGAGAGAGGCCUGCCUAUAGCACAGACAGACAGAGAGAGAGAUGGAGGGAGAGAGGCCUGCCUAUAGCACGGACAGAGAUGGAGGGAGAGGCCUGCCUAUAG